GUUCUGGAACUUUCUACAGGAUUCUCAAACCAUCAGAACUAUGUAUCGACUGUCAUUCGCAGCACUUCCUUCACACGUGACGCAACACCACACCGCUUCCUUAUACUCAGCCUCACAGCUACGCUGUCAUCGUCAACAUCAAAGCACAACUUCAAGCAAAAACCGAAGCCAAUUGAAAGAAAGCUUUGGCCUUUCUGAACUUGGAAUAUUGAAAGGAUAAGUGAAAGUGAGGAAGAGAAAGAGGGAAGUGGAACAAAAUAUGGGGGUGGACUACUACAAGAUAUUGCAGGUCGAUAGGAAUGCCAACGAUGAGGAUUUGAAGAAGGCCUACAGGAAGCUUGCGAUGAAGUGGCACCCUGAUAAGAAUCUCAACAACAAGAAAGAAGCCGAAGCCAAAUUCAAACAGAUCUCUGAAGCCUAUGAGGUUCUCAGUGAUCCCCAGAAGAGAGCAGUAUAUGAUCAGUAUGGAGAAGAGGGCCUAAAGGGUCAGGUGCCACCGCCCGGUGGUGCUGCUGCUGGCCCUGGUGGAGCUUCGUACUUUUCGACUGGUGAUGGGCCGACGACGUUUCGAUUCAAUCCUCGAAGCGCGGACGACAUUUUCGCCGAGUUCUUUGGAAAUUCGAGCCCGUUUGGAGGCAUGGGAGGUGGUGGUGGAGGCAUGAGAGGGUCAAGAUUCUCAAGUGGGAUUUUUGGUGAUGAUAUAUUUGCAUCUUUUGGGGAAGGAGGAGGAGGGGGAGGGUCUAUGAACCAAGGUGCUCCUAGGAAAGCUCCUCCUAUCGAGAACAGGUUGCCUUGUAGUCUUGAAGAGUUAUAUAAGGGGGCUACCAAGAAGAUGAAGAUCUCUAGAGAAAUUGCUGACAUCAGUGGCAAGACAAUGAAAGUGGAGGAGAUUCUUACCAUAAACAUAAAGCCUGGUUGGAAAAAGGGCACAAAGAUCACCUUUCCAGAGAAAGGGAAUGAGCAGCCAAAUGUUAUACCUGCAGAUCUUGUGUUCAUCAUUGACGAGAAACCCCAUAGCGUGUUCACUCGAGACGGAAACGACUUGAUCGUCACGCAAAACAUAUCCUUGGCUGAUGCCCUCAAUGGUUACACAGUUCACCUGACUACCAUAGACGGCAGAAAGUUAACCAUCCUAAUUACUAAUGUGAUUCAUCCAAACUAUGAGGAAGUUGUUCCUGGGGAAGGGAUGCCAAUCCAAAAGGACCCUACAAAAAGAGGGAACUUGCGAAUCAAAUUCAACAUCAAGUUCCCAACUAGGCUUACGGGGGAGCAGAAAGCUGGAGUCAGGAAACUACUGGGUCAGUGUCAGUGAGCAAGUACUACUCAACACUGAACGGAGCAAGUACUUCUGUGAAUAUAUAUAUAGUUUUGUAUUUUUGGUAAACUAAUAUGAUAGUUUUGAUUUUUUUUUUUUUUUUUUCAUUAUUGAUUAAGGGUCGAGGAUUGACAUAUUGGUGAUGUUAUCAACACAUAGAUUGGUGUCGUCUUUUCAAUAGUUUUAAAUAGAACAGCUUUCUUGCCGAUGUCUUCUGGCUUUUGUGGAGCUCUGCUGAAUAUAGAGCAUCUCUAGCAAUAUUAGCUAGAAUAGCUAGUGAAAAAGGACAAAUUUUCAUUUUAGCUAUUGCUUAAUUUAGAUAUACUCCAA